CCACAAACGGGAGCGCCUCGAUUACCAAUACCUGCAUGCAUGCAGGGAUCGAUACUUGUGGCAUUUGUCAUGUCGGGCGGAUGCGAAAGCGCACUAGGCUAUCACCGACUACGUUUAAAGUAAGCAUUACGGUAAAUCUGUGGUUCAAAAUACCUUGAAGUGAAGUCAAUAGCCCACUUAUGUCUCCUUCCGACACCACGGGCGAUGAUGUUUUGCUGAUUAGCCAUUAAUUGUCGUAAAAUAGCAUUAAUUUUCAGGGAGGAUGAUUACGUACGAGAUGAGUACCGGUGUCGACUAAAUUUAAACGGCCUUUAAAAAAUGAGGUGGCGCUAGACUAGAUCGAGCAUCGAGUGCAUGGUGCACGAUGAUAUCGAGAGAGCUAGAGGGCUGUUUCCGGUACAAUUUCGUGAGAAAAUGGAGUGCACCUGCUAUUGUUUUUCUGUAAACUUCUAUAUUUUAGGUUAAAGGCAAUGAGGCCUUGACCGGCCCGUGGGAUCGCCUCAGGUACACGUAUGUGAGCAAUCUGAAGAACACAAUGAUCAUCAUAUUCCGGAACUCUGGUGAAUUACAUGUAGUAUCUGCUUGGCUUUAUACCUAACAUCGUCAAAGGUGUGCGAUACACCCAUCAUCCACGGCACCAUGUAUCCAUCCAAACUCAUCAGUCACCACAACCAUCAUCGUCACAGCCAUAGUCAUGGCAACCACUGCAAACAUCAUUACAGGACAUCACUAUCAAUCGGAACUUUAACGAUGGAUGUGAGCUGUCGAAGACUCUUGUAUCUCCUCUUUUUAUUAACUGCUUGCUUUGAGCUGAGCUUUCAGCUGGAUAGAACUCAUGUGCAAUAUUCUCCAUACAAACUCACUUCUGUUCCAAUGUCCUCUGCCACCUGCCCGGGUAUGGAACCCCCGACAGAUAGCGAUCUCAGUCGUCAGGCUCAUUUUUCCACAGAGCUUGUUUCAAAUGAAUUCAUAGUCAUGUUUUAUAGUUACUACUCGGCCAAGGCAAGACACAGAUAUCUAUGCGCGGCAAUGAAGGGCUGCAAUGCCAGUGAUUGGCACAUUGUAACCAGGGACAACCCAGCAUCAGUUUAUCCGAGUGACUUUGAAGUGAUCAAGAUAUCGGGAGCGGAAGAGGCUGAUCUUAGUGCUCUGUCAGAUCACCCUGCUGUAAAGCAGGUCACUCCGCAAAGAAGGGUCACUAGGUCAAUCAAGAGGUCAGAGGUUAUGGAAGAGGAAGGAGAGGAUGAUGACGUCAUGCCCUUUAUUGAUGGAUUGAAAGUCAAAGAUCCAUGUGAUGGAAAUGGCGCAUACUGCACCAGUAAUUGGACGUCAUCAAGAAAGAUUUCAAGGACAAGUUUAGGAGUGAAUACCAACUUCUGGCACUCGACUGGUCGUCACACAAGCCGUCGUCUUUUGAGGGCAGUCCCUCGCCAGAUCACAAGUGCUUUGGAAGCUGACCUGCUUUGGGAUAUGGGAUUCUCUGGUGCUGGCGUGAAGGUGGCCGUAUUUGACACAGGUCUGAGCGAGAAUCAUCCACACUUCAAGAAGAUCAAGGAGAGGACCAACUGGACCAAUGAGAAGACUUUAGACGAUGGGCUGGGCCAUGGGACAUUUGUAGCGGGCGUUAUCACCAGUCAUAAAGAGUGUCUGGGAUUCGCACCCGAUGCUGAUCUGUACAUAUUCAGGGUUUUCACAAAUAAUCAGGUGUCUUACACGUCAUGGUUUCUGGAUGCCUUCAACUAUGCAAUCCUGAAGAAGAUCAAUGUCCUGAACCUCAGCAUAGGGGGACCCGACUUCAUGGAUCAUCCUUUUGUUGAUAAGGUGUGGGAGUUGACAGCAAACAAAGUGAUCAUGGUUUCUGCUAUUGGCAACGAUGGUCCACUUUAUGGAACUUUGAACAACCCAGCUGAUCAGAUGGAUGUGAUUGGAGUAGGAGGAAUCAACUUUGAGGAUUCUAUUGCAAAGUUUUCAUCGAGAGGGAUGACCACAUGGGAGUUACCAGGGGGCUAUGGUCGUCUCAAACCAGAUAUAGUGACAUAUGGUUCAGCUGUCCGUGGGUCAGGACUAAAGAAUGGCUGCAGGACCCUCUCUGGUACUUCAGUAGCUUCUCCUGUCGUUGCUGGGGCCGUGACUCUUCUUGCCAGUUCUGUCCAAGAUCGCCAUUGGGUUUUGAACCCUGCUAGCAUGAAGCAGGCCCUCAUGGCUUCAGCCAGAAGACUACCUGCUGCUAACAUGUUUGAACAAGGCCAUGGCAAGCUCGAUCUUAUCAAGGCUUAUCAGAUACUCAGCACAUACAAGCCCCAGGCCAGCUUUAGUCCCAGUUACAUUGAUUUGACGGAGUGUCCAUACUUCUGGCCAUAUUGUACACACCCUAUCUAUCAUGGUGGGAUGCCAAUCAUUGUGAAUGUGACCAUCCUCAAUGGCAUGGGAGUGACGGGAAAGAUUGUUGGGAAACCUGUAUGGCAGCCCUUUGCUCCCCAGCAUGGAGAUCAGAUAGAGGUUGCUCUUUCCUUCUCCCCUGUCCUCUGGCCAUGGUCUGGGUACUUGGCCGUGUCCAUCACGGCUGCGCCCACUGCUGCAUCAUGGGAAGGGAUAGCCCAGGGUCAGGUCAUGAUGACCGUUGAAUCUCCUCCCGAGAAUGGAGAGGACUCCCCUAGACAGAGUAGCCUAAAGCUUCCCAUCAGAGUGAAGGUGAUACCUACCCCUCCCCGCAGUCAACGUAUCCUGUGGGAUCAAUAUCACAAUCUUAGAUACCCACCGGGGUACUUUCCAAGAGAUAACCUUAGGAUGAAGAAUGAUCCUCUCGACUGGAAUGGGGAUCAUAUACACACCAAUUUCAAGGAUAUGUAUGAGCAUUUGAGAGCAGCUGGUUUCUAUGUUGAGAUACUUGGUGCUCCAUUCACAUGCUUUGAUGCAAAGCAGUAUGGUACCCUUCUUGUGGUAGAUCCAGAAGAAGAGUUCUUUCCAGAGGAGAUCAGUAAACUGAAGAGAGAUAUUGACAAUGGUCUAUCAGUUAUGAUAUUUGCUGACUGGUAUAAUACCACUGUCAUGAAAAAGGUCAAAUUCUAUGAUGAGAAUACAAGACAAUGGUGGAUGCCUGAUACAGGAGGCAGUAAUAUCCCAGCCCUCAAUGAAGUACUAGCCCCAUGGGGCAUGGCAUUCGGGGAUGGUGUCUUUGAAGGAGAGUUUUCCAUAGGUGGCAGGAAAAGCCAAUAUACCUCAGGGUCUAGCAUUGUCAAGUUCCCAUCGGAAGGGGGUCUCCUAAUCCAGGCCUCUCUCAAAGACCAGGGCUAUGAGGUCCUCAAGGGGGAGACCAAGACUGCCUCGGAUGUCCCUAUCCUUGGUAUGUUCCAGCAUGGCAAGAGCGCUGGUCGCAUCGUCCUCUUCGGGGACUCCAACUGCCUGGACACCAGCCACAUGCAGACAGACUGCUACUGGCUUCUUGAGACCCUCCUUCAGUACACAGCUUACAGCAACCUCUCCCCCAUGUUCUCUGAUCAUGAGAAUAUAGCUACCUCACUUCCACCGGUAGACACCUUACCAACCAGGAUGGAAGGCAACCACCUGUAUCGCUAUUCCAAGGUACUGGAAGCACACUUAGGGGAACCGAAGCCACGACCCCUCCCUGCUUGCCCCCAGCUGGCCUGGGCUAUUGGAGAACCACUCAAUUUCUCUGCUCCAAGCAAUCUUUACAAGCACCAGAAGCUCCUAUCCGUUCCAGAGGCAUUCCUUCCUCUGGUCCCCAACAGACGCAAUGGUCAACCGGUCGUCCCACAGCUCAUGAAGGAAGAAAACGAGCCCAACGGACCGGGCGGGUUCAACCAGAACCUCUCCGCCUCUGCCCUGGACCAGUUUGGGCCUAUCCCCCUCAUAGGGAUAAUCAGUGUCCUUUUAGUAAUGGGCUUUCUUUUUUAUCAGGUCCAACAACGCAGGACGAGACCAAGAAGACGCAAACCGUACCGGUUAAAGAAGUCUUACCCCCAUGCAUCUUCGUCUCUUCAUUACGGCAAGAUGCCGGCGGUAUAGUACUUAGCGAGCUAAUUAGAAAACAAUUUUUUUUAAUGUUAAAAUGUGAAAGGAUGAAUGGAGGCAUGCAUUUUUUUAAAAUCCACUGAAAUAGUAUUCAAACAAUAGUAUGUCUUUAAUGUAUUUUCUAAUAUUUUUGCAUGCAAUGUUCUGUAUUAGAACUUUGGCACCAGCGCUGAGUUUAUUGGCAUUAAUUUUGGAAAUUUUUAUUUUGAGUAGUUUAUUUCCCAACUUGGGGGAUAUUUUGUAAUAUGUGAAAAGGAAGAUACAUUUUAUUUAAGAUAUUUGUCAGAAUUGUGUACACUAAUGAUUUUAUCUUUCAUGAUUUAAAAAUGUGGUUAAGAUCAUUUCAAAAAGUAAUUGAGGGUAUUUACUUCAGUAUUUUUCAUUCCAUUCUUGUAAUAAUUAUUUGGAAGAUGGGUGUGAAGUGAAUUAGAAAUUUAUGCAAAAAAGGAAUUCGACCCACCACUCUUAUGAAGCAUUCCAACAUAACAUGGGUCUGCAUAAUUUUUGUAUACUUCCAACUUUGCUUUCUAUGUUUGUAACUUGGUUGGUAAUUCUUCAAUUGUAUUCAUGUGAUCAAAGUUUUAUACCUGUUUUUGUAUAAAUAUCAUUAUAUGUAGUAUAACUAUUUCCCUUUAGUGCUUUCUGCUUUAUAAGUAAAUGGAAAGAUCUUUUUAAAUAUUUUUUUUUAAAUUGAAAGUCAGAUUUUGUAGCCUAUAUGAAGCCAAUCACUAAAAUAGCUCACUUUGAACCAUUGGAAAAUAUGCUUCAUAAUUGCUUGUAAGUUACGAGCGACUUUACAAACGACUAGUGACCCUUUCUUGUAGAAAAUUUUAUACAUCAAAUUUUCAUUAGUGUUGAUUUAGCUUUUAAGACAGGGUCACCUGUCAUUUUUAAAGUCACUUAAUGUACGGGCAGCUUAAUUUAUUCUGGCCAUUAUACAGAGGGCCAGGACAAGGGCUAUUUUUGACAACUAAUAAUUAGUUCAUACACCUUUGCUUACCGGUGUAUCAUUUAACCUGCUUCGUACUCUCGGGUUCACUUACUUUGCCCAAGUCAAAUCUAGUAGGGCCAAAGAAAUAUGUUUGACUUGACUUAGGAGAUAUUAUUAACACACGUUUUGCAUAUAUUCUGGUCUAAAAAAAAUCUUCAACUCAGGUGAAUCUACGAUAUAUCAAAGGUCAACUCAUAAGUAUUCUUUUCACUAGAAAUCAUACAAUAUAAAUUCAAAUCAAUUAAUGAAAUACUUCAAAUGUACAGAGAUGAAAAUGAUUGUUUCAGUAAAACAAAAAAUUAUUCAGACACUGGAUGCACUUGCUGCUGGGCAUUGGGCAAAGUUAACUUCAAAACUGUAAUUCUUUGUACUGCCCUCAUUCAUACCCCUUCCUGUGUCCCAUUACAUAACAAAUUCACCUUUUCUAUAACAAGUUUGAUACCAGCCAAUCAAAUUAAAUGAUUUCAGUAUCUUUUAACUGUUAUUGCAAAUUUGUUAUUACAACACAUUUCAUGAAACACCCCAGGUGAAUCCUGUAUUUUAUCUUGUCAAACUUUAAUUUACUGUGAGUAUACCAUUGCCUUUUUUAUGCAAGAAGUAUUGCACAGGUUUAUAUAUGUGAUGUUACGUGCUAUUGGGAGGUCCUCGGGUAUUCAAAAUGUCAUGCAAAUGAUGUAGUUUGAUCUAAUGUUUAUUGCACCAUUGCAUUUACCUGUUGGCUAUUUACUGUUUUAUUACCUUGCUCCAUGGAACCUAUGAAUUUUGGUAUAUUCUUGGUGCAUACUGAUUGGGGAAGUUUCCCUAAGCAAUACUCAAAUUGUCUGACUGGCAGAAGGUUGUGCAUGCCCAGCGUUUUGCAAUUCCCAUGCUGUUGGCAUACAGGUACUAGCUCAUUCACACGUUACGCAAAUUGUACAGUGCGCAUGAAAAUUAACGGCAUUCUGACUGAUGAACAGGAAUGGAUUCAAAAUACAUGCAAAUCCAAAUUGCCUUCCGCCGGUCAGGCAGUGAAAUUAUUUUCCUGAUUGGUUUCCGAUGUUCUAUCCAUUCAUCCUUUCACAUCCCCAUCUCUAUUGUAAAUAAUGAACAAUUUACAGGGAAUAUGGCAAUUGCAAUUGUAAGAAUGUACAUAUCUACUUCUCUUUGAUAUUUGUGAAUAGCAUUGUGCAUUGUUGACAAGUAGCAUGACUAGGUCAAAGGUGAAUGGAAUGAUACGAAAUAAAGAAGAAGAAAAAAAAAGAAUAUUUUAGGACACCUUACUAUUUUUCAUAUGAACAUAAAGAAGGAUUGUAAGUGUUUUAGAAUAGUCCUGACAGUAGUGAUAAUGAUUACAUUUUGCUUUCAUAUAGCACUUAAUACAUCGAUGCUCUGCAAGAUAGGAGAUAAGAUAACAGACAGAAUGAAUACUAACAAAAUAACCACCCAAAUAGGACUUUUGUUAUGGUUGUUGAUAUGUGUCAUUUAUGUUAUGCCAAAACUACUUAUUUGACAUCCAGAUUCUGGAUGUAGCAUUUGUAUUCUGCUAUGACACACUUUCUGGUUAGAUGACCCCUGUGACAUGAAUUUAUCCCUUAUUUGUGAUUUUUGCCAUUUAUGGUAACUUCCACUUAAAACUUGACUCUUAUUGGUUGUUAAAAGGGAAGUUCACCCAGACACUUUAUUUAAAACAUUGAAGGAUUGAGGAAAUCCAUCAAAGAUUUAAAUGUAUUAGAAUUUAAAUUUUUUGAUUUGUGAAGUCAUAUGCAAGCAGCUUCUCAUGUAUCGUUAAUUAGAAAUCAAUGAAAUGCCAUUUCCUAAAAAAAUUGAAAAUAGUUUUUAUUGUACCUUCAGUAUCAACAGGCAAAUUAUUCCACACCCGCUCCUUAAGGAAGAAAAUUUGUAGUCAUCAUGAACCAUUGAAAACUUGAAAUUUAUACAUUUUAUCGUACAUAAAAUAUGAUGAAGCUGCUUGUAUAUGACGUCACAAAUCAAAAACUUAGUGUUCUAUUAAAUUUCCUCAAACCUUCAAUAUUUUUUCUGGCAUUUUUGCACCAAGCUUUUUGUCAGGGUGAACUUCCCCUUUAAGUACUGCUACCAUAGUAAUGACCAUCGAUUGCAAAAUUACCAUAAUAGUGGUUCUCUCCAACAGGACUCAGAUGUGUUGUAUGUCUGUACAGUCAGAUUUAUAUUAACUUAUAUGCAGUUCGUUAUUUAAUUUAUCUAACUACUUAUCUCUUACAAUUUUUAAUUUUUAACUUUGAUUCAAGAAUAAUAUAUUGUUCACUGUUGUCUAGCCAUCGCUAAAGAUCAAUGUUCCAGUGUGAAGGGUGAGAGCAUGUAUACUUGUCAACUUUGGAAAUAUGUUAUAUGUAUAUAUAACAGUGUACAGACUUAUCUACAUUUUUUUCCAGGAAUAAACUAAAUGAUGGAUAUUACUGUA